AUGAAGGCCAGUGACAAGCACGAACUCUCUGUGCUAGGCGCUAGUUUUGGAUCAGACGAUACUCGAGUUGCUCCCUCUGAUGAAUACGGUUGGAGCAAACUUCGGGCUCAUUGUCGCGAGGCUUUUUCUGAAUUCUUCGGUACUAUGAUUCUGAUUCUCUUUGGGGAUGGAGUAGUUGCUCAGGUCACAUUGAGCAAGGGCGAAAAAGGCAACUAUCAAUCUAUCUCAUGGGGCUGGGGGAUUGGGGCGAUGCUGGGCAUCUAUGUAAGUGGCAUGUCUGGGGCUCACAUCAAUCCCGCGGUGACAUUUGCGAACUGCGUCUUCCGCAACUUCCCCUGGCGCAAGUUUCCCAUUUAUGCAAUUGCUCAGGUAUUGGGGGCUAUGUGUGGAGCGGCCAUUGUCUAUGGCAACUAUAAGUCAGCCAUCGAUGUGUAUGAGGGUGGGCCCAGCAUCAGGACCGUACCUGGCUAUUCAUCAACAGCCACUGGUGGCAUCUUCUGCACCUAUCCAACGGCUUUCAUGACCAAGACUGGGCAGUUCUUCUCAGAGUUCGUGGCCAGCUCGAUCUUGAUGUUUAUGAUUUUUGCAAUCAAGGACGACGGGAAUCUUGGAGCUGGUCCAUUAACACCCCUUGCGCUCUUCUUUCUCAUCUUCGGAAUCGGUGCCUGCUUCGGAUGGGAGACGGGAUAUGCCAUCAACCUAGCGCGAGACUUUGGGCCACGACUGGUGUCCUACAUGGUUGGAUAUGGCCCUGAGGUGUGGUCCGCGGGUAAUUAUUACUUUUGGAUCCCAAUAGUUGCGCCAUUCCUGGGGUGCACAUUUGGUGGGUGGCUAUACGACAUGUUCCUGUACACGGGAACCGAUAGUCCAGUCAACACUCCUUAUAUGGGGCUUCAGCGGCUACUCUGGCCGUUGAGUAGAAAGCCUGUUCACUCGCACACUCGAGUAUGA